GUAAGAAAUAGGGUCGAUUAUAAAUCAAAUUCUGCAAACAGAAUUCAGAAUUUGUCUUGAAAAGUGUAACGUUAAUUGUUUUUUUUCCCUAUUAAUUGUUUGAUUGUAAAUUGUUUCUAAUUGGUGUCAAUUUAUUUUCCAAUUAAUGAGAUUCUUCAACGUUUCUCGACAAGUUAAUUUAAUUUCCCUGGUUGAGACCAAUUGAUUAGCUGAUCAAUUUCCAUCUUGAGAAAUUAUUCUCUCAUCAAGAGUAAAUUCUAUUCUCUUCUGUGUUGUUUACUUUGAAUUCGUUGUUUUAUCUCCUUAGGAUUCUAUUCUAUUUUUUUUCUCUUCUUCUUCUCUAAUUGUCUAAUCCAAUUGAAUCAUCAUGCCUGGAGAUGUUCAUGGUUGGGAUAAAUUCUCAACAAGUCAACUCGUAAUCUCUGGUCCUCAUCAAAAGAUCAAGGUUGAAGCUAAGCCAAGCUCAAAAUUAUCCACCAAUAAACAUUUUGCUGAGAUGAGAAAAUUUCAUUCUGAAAAAGGACAUCGAUUGGUACUUCGUAAAUUGUUUGAUAAAGAUCCUGAACGAUUCAAGAAAUACAGUAUUACUCUUGAAUCUAAAGGCAAUGGAACCAUUUUAUACGAUUACUCUAAGAACCUUAUCGAUGACGAAGUAAUGACUUUACUGAUUAAUCUGGCAAAAAGUGUUAAUCUUGAAGGAGAAAGAGAUAAAAUGUUCAAUGGAGAGAAGAUUAACUUCACCGAGAAUCGACCUGUUCUUCAUAUUGCUCUACGAAAUCGUAGCAAUAAACCAAUUAUCGUUGAUGGAAAGGAUGUAAUGCCGGAUGUUAAUCGAGUUCUUGAUCAGAUGAAAUCGUUUACUGAAUCACUGAUUUCCGGUAAAUGGGUUGGAUUUUCUGGUAAAAAAAUUACCGAUGUUGUCAACAUUGGAAUUGGAGGUUCAGACUUGGGUCCAUUGAUGGUAACCGAGGCAUUGAAAGCUUAUCAAGUUGGGCCCAAUGUCCACUUCGUGUCCAACAUCGAUGGAACUCAUUUGGCCACAACCUUGGCGAAACUAAAUCCUGAGACAACAUUGUUCAUCAUUGCAUCUAAAACUUUCACCACCCAGGAAACAAUUACUAAUGCGACCUCAGCUCGAGAAUGGUUUUUGGGAGCGGCCAAUAGUGACAUGAGCGCUGUUGCUAAACAUUUCGUUGCUCUUUCAACGAACACAGUAAAAGUAAAAGAAUUUGGAAUUGCUGAAUCUUCAAUGUUUGAAUUUUGGAAUUGGGUUGGUGGUCGAUACUCACUGUGGUCAGCAAUUGGUCUCUCAAUUGCUUGUCACCUUGGUUUCAAUAAUUUCGUCAAACUAUUGGAAGGAGCUCAUUUUAUCGAUCAACAUUUCAAAACUGCUCCAUUAGAACACAAUCUUCCCGUAAUUAUGGCUGUUCUGGGUGUUUGGUACAUUAAUUGUUAUGGUUCUGAGACCAAUGCGAUUUUACCUUACGAUCAAUAUCUUCAUCGAUUCGCUGCCUAUUUCCAACAAGGCGACAUGGAAUCAAAUGGUAAAUAUGUUACCAAGGAUGGAACCAAGGUAGAUUAUGCCACCGGGCCAAUUGUUUGGGGUGAACCAGGAACCAAUGGUCAACAUGCUUUCUAUCAACUUAUUCAUCAAGGAACUCGAUUGAUUCCUUGUGAUUUCAUUGCUCCAGCUCAAAGUUUAAAUCCUAUUCGAAACAGUUUACAUCAUAAAAUUUUACUUGCCAACUUUUUCGCUCAAACUGAAGCUUUGAUGAAGGGAAGGAAAAGAGAGGAAACGGAAAAGGCAAUGAAAGCACAAGGCGUUGAUACCAAUGCAUUGGGAAAAAUUCUUGACCACAAGACAUUUGAAGGAAAUCGACCAACAUCAUCAAUUAUGGUCGAUAAAAUGACCCCAUUCACGUUGGGAUCAUUGAUUGCUCUUUACGAACACAAAAUCUUUGUUCAAGGAAUCAUUUGGAAUAUCAAUUCAUUUGAUCAAUGGGGAGUCGAGUUGGGCAAAGAAUUGGCUAAGUCAAUUGAGCCCGAACUUAAUGACAACAAUCAAGUAACUAGUCAUGAUUCGUCAACAAAUGGAUUGAUUAACUUUUACAAAAAGAUGAGAGGUUAAAGGAACAAUUCAAUUGUAAACAAUUGUGAUUUAUUGGACAACUUACUAUUGAAAUGAUAUAAUUUAAUUACAUUUCUGUACUUGUUAAUUAACUCCAAUCAAUUCAUCUCUUUGCCUUUAUUGAGAAACAAAAAACUGAAAACACGAAUCAACUUUAGAUUUUAUCAAAAGCUUUUUUGAGCUUCUGUUAUUCCAAUAUUACUUACAAUUUAACAAUCAAAAAUUUAAAUUUUUAAUUUUCAAUCUUUAGUUGUUUCUAUGGCAAGGAAAGAGAAACUAAAAGUUGCUGUUGAUUAAUUCAAAAUUUAUUAUUUACAUCUUACCUUCGUUCGGAUUGUCAUUUAGUUUAUUGUAACCAAUCAAUUUUAACUACAAAUUGUAAUAGUUUUUGAUUCUCUUUUGUCUAAAAAUAAAUGAUUAGUUACAGAUAUGA